AUCGAAUAGAUGGUAAAGUAAGUUAAAUAAUAUUUGGUCUAUCCUCUUAGCCAAACAAGACUUUAAUCUUUGAUAGGCAUUUUUAAUUCGACUUUAUAGCUACUUAGGUACCUACAUAGAUAGGUAAUUAGGUACUGUACUGUCGCAUAAAAACCGCUCAAAGAGUUGCAAAUAAUAUUUGCCUACGUCGCUAGAUGAAUCCUUCCUAAUCCAUGGACGUCAACACUUAAAAAGUUGCUAAAUUAUAAAUUUGUUGGAACUCUGGCAACUCUAGGCUUCUUUCGACCUAUCACAUUUGGAGAAAUCCGGAGAUUAAAUCUCAAAUCGUAGUUGCGGAUGGAAAUAUCGUAGGGGAAAGAUCAUCCUGUUUAUGCCAUAUUAAUCGUGAUUUUCCUGUUACAUUAGAAAAGGUACAUCCGGUUCUCAAUUCUAGAUAAGAACGUUUACUGUUGGCUUGGUCUCCAAUUUGCAAACCGUAAAUGUGAGGGUAGCCGGCCAUAAUGCUGCCCUACUCAAAUAACAUACAUCAUGGCCCUAACCAGUCCCGUUGCCAGGUGACCAACCAGGUGGCAUAUAUCACCUGCCAGCAGUUGGAGAUCAAACAAAACCUACUAGAUAUUUCUAUUCGAUACCUGUAUUCUUCUUCGGGUUCGAUUUGAUCAUCUAAAUACCCAAGUACCUCUUAUCUGAUUUAUGACUACGCCCACUUAUACAAUAUUAAACAUCUCUUCCCUCCUUCCACACCUAGGAAUACCACAAAAGUCCAGAUCAAUGUCUUCCACGCAUUCCGAUUUUUGCUCCGCUCCCGAAUCUGAAUACUAUCAAUCCACGUUAGAUUUUGGCAUGGUAACACCAACACAUACAAUGUCCAGUACCGAUCAAACAGAGCAUUCCUACUCAUGCUCAAUACAAAAAAUAGAGGCAAAAGACACCCCGCCAUUCCCUGGCCAAACGUUCGCCAUCCGAGAGCGAGGUACUGGUCGAUACAUUACUCUCGUGGAAGGAAAUAUUUGCCUGCGAGAGAAUGUUGGCGAGCAGGGCGGAUGGCACUGGAUAUGCGUCGAAACCAAGGGUUGGCUGGGAUUCCGAAGCCCGGUGUCUGCGACAUAUAUGGGACACGAUACAAAGAAGAAUAUCUGGGCGGAAUACAAGCAUCACAUAACACAUGAAUACUUCUGUGUUAGAAAGCACCCCCAGGGCGGUUACAUGUUACUCACGAAACAUGACAAUGAGCUCCGGAAAAUCACUGUCAGCAAUGAUCUUAGGCUAAUCGAAACUACUGGGGAUGGUACGCUAUGGGACUUUGUGAAAGUUUCGGCUUAGAUGGGGUUAUCGUUAUGAAAUUGUAGCCUAGUUGAGUGUUGAUUAUGUUUUUACUGCUCGUUUAACUUUUAACCAACAUCGGUUCUAGUUAUGAGAUCUUGUCACUAAGCAAUGAGACCUCGUCAUACAUGUCCGUAUGCUGGGGAGCAUUUGGUACCUAGUAGUUUUGAUUUUCAGGGAAACAAUCGUUAGGUAGGUACCUUUCGACCGAAAUCAUCUUCGUUUGUAUGAUAGUGUUUGUAGGAUAUUGAUAUACUACAAAUCAUGUGCAUCUGACGGCGAGACUCAAUGUCAGAAGCCAAACCUACAGUGUGAAUAACUGUGCGUUAGGCUAGACGUAAAACUACCUAACCUGACAAGUUCCGCCUAAGCGGCCGAUUAAGCGACCUUUCUGCAUCACCGAGGCGGUGACAAACGCCACUAAGCUAUCCUAAGCCUAUAGGUUCUCUGGCACGGUUGCGUGUAGUCAGGAC